AUGUUUCGUGGAGGGCUUGUGGGAUGUGUGGCACGUACAGUGGCAUGUGAGGCGAGGCGAGGCGGGGUGGCGGUGCCUGGUGCCGGCGUUGCGGCCGGCGGGGCAGGGUGGCGGGCGCUGUUCUCUGGCGGCGCUGCAGCAAGUGUGACGAGCGGCGAGACGGAGCUUGUGCUCAAUAGGGACGGGACGAGCGGACGGGUGACGCUGCCGUUGCCGGACAAGCCGUGCUCGUUCUAUCUGACGCCGCAAAAGACGCUUGGCGAGGUGGCGGAGGCCAUUGUGGCCGAGUCGCCAAACAUCAGCGAGGUCCACUUUGAGACCGAGGCCUCGCCGGGUGCGGCAGCCAAGGUUGCCGAGGGCACCCGGCUCGAGCACAUCCUGCCGAGCCCGAUCGAGCUGCGGCUGGCGUACGGGCCCGACGGGCUCCGCGAGGACCUCCUUGGCGACCCGCUGUACAUUUCCAUCAAUGGAGAGCGGACGCGGAUCCUGCCGGUUGUCGACCACCGCCGCGGCGGAGCUUUGACCUCGCAGGCCGACGCCGGCGAGCCGAGUGAGUUUGCCGACUACGAUCGCAUCCUCGCCACCGUCCGCGACAAGGCUGAGGUCGCCGGCCAGACCGACAUGGACGUCGACGAGUUCUACGGGCUGUGCGAGGAGCUGGGCGUCUCGCGCGACGAGGCCGGUCGCGUGCUGUCGUGCAUGCACGGCGCCGGCCAGGUUCUGUACUUUGAAGACGAGCCGCACAUGCGCAACACCAUCUUCCUCAAGCCCGAGCUUGUCUCUCAGGAGCUCCGCAAGUCGCUCCGCAUCCGGACGCUCCAGGAGCGCGACUGGGAGCGCGACCGCCGCGCCACCAUCAUCAACCUUCUGGUCGACCGCCUCCAGCCGCUUGUCGACACCAAGGCGGCGCUCGAUACCCAGGCAUACAAGCACGCCCGUCGCGUCAUGUGGGGCGGCUGGGUUUUCUCCGCCGGACAGCUUGCCUUUAUCGCUCGCCUCACCUGGUGGGAGUUCUCUUGGGACGUUAUGGAACCCAUUUCGUACGUCAUGGGCGUUGCCAACGUCGCCCUCUUCUCGUUCCUCUUCCAGUUCCGCGGCGUGCCCGUCGAUUCGUACUCAUCGCUGCAAAAGUACGUCCAGGAAAAGAAGGCCGCAAAGCUGUACAAGAAGCACGGCUUUGACGAGGACGAGUACGCCGAGCUCCGCACCGCCCUCGACUUCUUCGAGCAGGAGGAGGCCGACGAUCUCACCUCACAGGAGCUGAUUGAUGUCGAAACCUCGCGCCAUGACCAGCUCCGAUGA